GCGUGUACUGCUGCUUCUAGUGCAACCUUUGUCGUUAAUACCGUUAGUUCAACAGCUUGCAACAACCACCAUCAUCAUGAAUCGAUUCAUCGUUUUGCUGCUGCUUUGCGCCAUUGCAGUACAACAAAUCAAUGGCCACCUUGACGCAGAUGCUAAACAUGGAGGGAAUUUGGCAUACCGUGCCAAUUAUUGUGGUGCGACUCUUUACGAGAAAGUACGUGAGACUUGCCAUGCCGUCCGUGGAGUCUCCAACCAAGAGUUUCUGGAUUCAAAGGACGCCAGCACAUUCUUGUUCGGACGUGGUAUCGAAAAGCGAGGUUUGCACCACGAAUGCUGCACUGAAGGAUGCAGCUUCGAGGAGAUUUAUGAAUCCUGCUAA